AUGGCUGCUGCCAACAAUAACAUCGAAAGAUGUUUUGGUGUGACCAACAUCAAACAUCACAUUCCGCUCAUUCUUGAUCUUGAAGACCACAAUUAUGAUGCCUGGAGAGAGUUAUUUCAAACUCACUGCAUGACGUUUGACGUCUCUGGCCACAUCGAUGGUACUCUUCUUCCCACCGGUGCUGCUGACACUGCAUGGUACAAACGCGACGGCCUUGUCAAACUCUGGAUCUAUGGCACUCUUGCUCCUCCUCUGUUUCGCUCAUCUUUCAAAACUGGCGGAUCUGCUCGUGACAUUUGGCUUCGCGUGGAGAAUCAGUUCCGCAACAAUAAGGAGGCCCGUGCUAUCCAGCUUGACAAUGAGUUACGCACAAUGGAGAUCGGAGAUCUGUCCAUUCGUGACUAUUGCCAGAAGAUCAAGUCCGUUGCUGAUCUCCUAGCCAACAUCGAUGCUGCUGUCAAUGAACGCACCUUGGUGAUGUAUCUUCUCAAUGGUUUGAACGACAAAUUCGAUAACAUUCUCAAUAAUCGACUCAAGAAGGUGCCUCGUUUGUCUGCUGCUCACAAUGACCACUCCUCUUCCUCCACGGCUCUCACCGUCACCACAUCUCCUCAACACUCUGUCUCCAAUCGCGGGCGGUUCAACAACCACAUUAACAACAACAACAACAGGGGCAAACGGUUUAACAACCGUGGCAGAGGUGGCCGUGGUAACAACACCGGCUCUCAUCGUUCGUCGUGGGGCUCACAAUGGGGUUCACAACCUUAUUGGCCAUCUCCUCCACCCUACUGGCCUCAGUACCCUCCCUGGACUCAGCUGCCUCAAGGUCGCUUUCCCCAGUCUGCGUCACCUUUGCACCCGCAUCCACCUCAAGCCAACUUUGUGGAAUUUCAGCAGCCGAUGCAGUCCUACGUAACAGAGUCUCUCAAUGACCCUUCUGCAUCCGAUUGGUUCAUGGACACUGGUGCCACCGCACAUCUCACACCCACUGCAGGUAUCCUCAACUCCUCUCUUAAUCAUAGUACCGCUAAUUCUGUCGUUGUUGGUAAUGGUUUGUCCAUUCCUAUCACUUCCUCUGGAUCUUCCAACUCGGACACCGCUGCUCCGCUGUGA